AUUGAGAGUAACGCCAUAUUUAACCUCUAUUUUCCUUCCGACAUUGUUUGUGUUUACGUUAAAAGUGUCUCAGUUAUAACUAUUCUCCUAUUUUGAAAAAUUGAAGAUGAUGGAAAUAAAUCAAAAUGGUAAAAGAGUUCGCUCUUCAAAUUUUUCUAAAGAAGAGGAACUCUUGCUGGCAAAUGAAGUACUCAAGUACAAAAAUAUAAUCGAAUGCAAGACAACAAAUAAAACUUCGAACGUUGAAAAAGAAGAAGCAUGGAAGAAAGUCGAAGAUGGCUUCAAUGCUAAAAAUUUCCACUACAGAAGUUUACAGCAGUUGAAGGCCAAAUUCGACAAUUUGAAAACAAAGGCCCGAAAAGAGGUGGCUCAACAAAAAAGCUAUUUAUAUGGGACUGGUGGAGGCCCUUCCGUUAAAGUGUUAGACCCUAUAACGGAAAUAAUAUUAGAUAUAAUAAAUUUCAAAACUGUUGUGGGCUUUCCAGCCCUAACAGACAGUGACGCAGCAAUAUGCGAUCCAAUAUGGAAUUUCAGAUCAUCAUAACUUUCAAAAUCUUAUACAAAUGUUUUUAUUUUCAUUACUUGUAUAGGUACAUAUGUUAUGGACAGGAUUAAAUUUGACCACAAAUUCUUCAUCAAUGAGUCCAACUCAAUCGUUUGAGGCCAUUUUUGAUCAAUAUGGAAGAAUCCGUUGGGCAUUAGAGUGGCACUCAGUUCAAAAUUUUAAUUUCUAUAUAAUUUACAUUUCAGAUACCAAUUUCAGACAAGGAGGAGAAUCAAUUGCUGGAUUCAAAAGACAUAAACCAUACAGAGGAAAUCAAAAUUCUAAGCGAUGUAUGCAUUAAGCAAGCUUCCUCACAUGUAAGGAUAACAUGGGCCUGAAAAUAUAUAUCACCACGUCUAUGAGGGAUAAUGAGUUGUAAGUAUGUAAUAUUGAAGUAACAAAUAUGCAUGAUAUUUUCAGGAUGAACAAAUAACAGAAAACGCAAGUAAUGCCACCUAUAAAUCCCCUUCUCCCGAUAUAGUGUUGAAUGAGCCAGAAGGAAGAAACUGGACUUCCUAUACACCGAAAAAUUUGAGAGGGAAAACCUGUUCAAAAUUAAAGAAAGGUAAGAUUAACCCUAACAGGAAUGAGGAGAGUGCUCGGGAAAAAUAUUACAAGAAAAAGUUGGAACUUCUCAUCGAGGCAGAGGAAAGGGCAAAAGAAGAACAUCGGCGCAAGUUAAUUGCGUUAGAUUUGGAUAUUGAAAUAAAAAAAAAAGAAUUAAAUAAAGCUAAUCUUUGAA